AGUGAGGAAGCACGUAAGUUAACAUGCGUUGCAAUUUCAAUGGAACUCUGUUGAUCAGUGUGCUGCCACCAGUGCUGCUGACAGAGUUUUUUUUUGGAGUCCUUGGAAAUGGUUUGGCUCUCUGGGUCUUCUGCUUCCACAUGAGGCCAUGGAAGAGCAGCACCGUGUUACUCUUCAACCUGGCAAUGGCUGAUUUUCUGCUCAACAUGGCUUUGCCUUUCCGUGCCAUCUACUACAUCUCGAAGAUCAAGUGGAAGUUUGGAGACGCUCUGUGCAACAUCUGCCUCUUCAUGUUGGCAAUGAACCGCAGUGGAAGUACCCUCUUCUUGAUGGCUAUCGCUCUGGACAGGUACAUGCGUGUGGUUCAUCCCCAUCAUCCCAUCAACUCUCUGAGUGUCUCCAAAGCCAUGUGUGGAGCACUUGUUUUAUGGUUGUUCACCAUCUCAAUGACAGUUCAUGUCGUUAAUCUGAAACAUAUCAACACAACCCACUGUGAGAGCUUCAGGGUUGAUACUGAAAUGCACCAUAAUCUGAACUGGCACAAGUUUGAGUUUCUUUUUAUCUUCUAUAUACCUCUGCUUGUGGUUCUCUUCUGCACAUUCAACAUUAUUCGCCACCUGAGAAAGAGACAGUUGUCCCAGCAGGCAAAGAUUAAGAAGGCUCUUUGGUUCAUCAUUGUUGUGGCAGUGCUCUUCAUCAUUUGCUACCUACCAAGCAACAUCGCGCAGUUGCUGAUUUGGAUCCAGACCCACCAAUUAGUCAGCAAGCUCCCCCAUUCUGAAGUCUGCCCUGCUCUGGAAAACAUGACCAUCGUGUUUUUUAUCACCAUUAGCCUGACCUAUCUUAACAGCGUGUUGGAUCCUGUCGUUUACUACUUCUCCAGCCCUGUCUUCAAGAACUUCUGCAGGAAAGCUCUUCAUCUACCCCAGACAGACACGAAUGAAAGUACAGAGAAGAAGACUCGGGAAACAGGCUCCCAGUCGCUCAGCCACCUGUGAUCACACACCCGGACACCAUUAAGAUGGAUGCAGCUCCGUAGCAAAAAUGUUUACUUAAAGUGACAUGUUUCUUUCAAAAUUGUCAAGCAAGUGCUAUAGCCAACAAUAUGCUAUUUCUUACUUCUCAUAUACAGUAGUUAUCCAAUAUCUAUUUACUGCAAAGAAUGUAAUGCAUUAACCAGACAUUGUUUCAUACUAAUAUCAGCUUAUAAAUAAAAUAUAAUCUUUUAAUCCUGUGAAAA